CUCACUAAUGCAUGUACGUCUAUGUACAAAGUGGCACCUCAGUACCAUAGUACGAUUUUGUCACGAUACCCUGAAAAGGAUGUACAUCAAUUACAUAGAGCCUGCAGACAACAUGACCCAGUUGUCUAAGAAACCUAGGUACAUAUCAACUCCACCAUCAUCGGCCCCACCCGCCCCUUUCCUUUAUCAAGCUAUGAUUGGGUCUUUGAGUAAAAAUUUAUGCGCGAACCCUCACUUUACGCAUCUUUGUGCAAAUACGAACCAGAUGUAACCAUACUUUCUCCAGUUACCCGCACCUCACUUUCUUUCCAGGCUCUCCGUCAGAUUCUUCGCAUCCUUAAUCUGGUCCUUACUUUGGUCAUUCGUUUCUCUCUCUCAUCACCCUAUUAUAUCCAUUCCUAAUCCAUCAUUACAUUUUCCUUCUUUUUCCCCGAGGUUUUCAACUCUGCCUCUACACCUUACGCUCUUUUACCCAAUUCCCUAUUAUCCGCGCAACGUUCGGAUAACACAGUACAGCAUUUCGCGUUGAGUGAAUAUCCGACAACGAAACAACUGGGUCUGACAGGCAAACCGUGCUUCAGAUUUAAAAUUAAUAUUCCCAUCGCCCAUCCACGUGGACACAUUAAACUUCAUCUCGAAUAAAACCUUCAAAAGGGGAGGGACGGAUACACCCAUUAGUUUCCCACCCUUCCACCCAUUUUCGACCCAUUCCAGUAUUAUAGUAUUAUUAUACUUUACUAGUCGCCAUGCAUUCAACGCGACUUAUCCAUCUAAUGAUGGCGGCACUCUCAGUGACCGCUGUCACUGGAGUAGCUUGGCUCGAUAAUCAGCACGCCGGCGCAGGUCAACUCGCGGUCAGGGCGGACAUCAUCUCAAUUGGUCCUGAUCUCACCGCUGACUCUACCACCGAUGCAUCCGCUGCCGAUCCAACCACAUCCAGUGAUGAUGCAACAGAUGAUUCGACGACAUCAACUCCCGCGGCAACUACGUCUAAUACCCCUACCCCAACUACCUCUGAUGAAUCCACUCCAACUCCUACAACAAGUGAUGCAUCUACCCCAACGCCUACGACGGCCGACAACACAACCCCGACUACGGGAGGAACAACGGCGACGACGCCUCCGCCAACUACGGCUCGCACAACCCCUACGACCGCGGCCCCGACUCCCUCGGAGACAUCCAGCGAUGGCAAUGGCGGCAGUGGCGACAACAGCAGCGAUGACACAACCGAAGUUCCUCGCACCACGCCACCACCUGUUACGUCUACUUUCAUCACAGUAAUUACUUCUACUGACGCAGCCGGGCAGACCCAUGUCAGCUCAUCUUCUAGCAUUAUCGUGUCGACACCUUCUCCUGUUGCUGAUACCAGCGGCGACGACAGGGAAUCUGGAAUGAGCCCACAAGUUAGAAAUACGAUCAUUGGUGUUUGUGUCGGUGUUGGUGGCGCGAUCGUCCUGGCAGCUGCGGGUGUACUAUUCUGGAGACUUCGUAACAACAGGCGAAGCCAGGAAGAGAACGAGGAACUGGUCAGCUACGGUGAUGGAUUCGGAGGUCCCGGAACCGCAGAGAAGUCGGAACCUAGCGGUAGUACCGCCGGCCGCAGCCCAUUCCAGAGCACCCUCGAGAGCUACCACGCGCCGACGCAAACAAACGCUGCAUCUAACUUCUAAGCGGGGACAAUAUACGUUAUCCCAAUAACAAUCUCGUCUCCUAUUGAUUAUGCGGCAUUGUUUUGGUCCCGCCGGCGUUAGGGUUGAAGGUAUUCAUUCGCAUGGCAUCACGUCAUUACGUUGCCCGCAUUUUCAUAAGCCGAUAUCCACGAGGAAUAGAAAAAUAUCCCCUGUAUUUUCAAGUUACGACGUGUACUAGAAGAAGGCGAGGAGGACCACGUAGUCCCACGAGACCACGCGCAAAGUUAGUUGUCUAAUUGCAGCAGCUCUGGUUAGAGGCGGCAGAUAGACUCGGCCGAGCACUGAAAGGGGAAGGAAGCUCUACGACGCGAGUCCUACGUAGCUGAGAGAAAUUAAAGGAGAGUGUGAAUCUUUGUAUACAGCUUCGUAAUACCAGCUUCUUCGAUUCUGCAAAAUUAAAGUAUAUACUCAUUGAUGCAAAA